CUAUUCGCAUCUCUGCCGACACGUCGUGAGGACGUCUUUCGUGAGACCACUCCGGUGCUCUAGCUUCGUCACUGCGACAGCGAUCAGUCUGCGGAGUGAGAUAAUCUCUUUUGCACGCGGUGUUCUGCUGAGUGAACGCGCUGGUCGUUCGAAGUGUGCUUUUUGAGCGCGCGACGCUGUAACUAGCACAGAGACGCCGACACGCUGGUUUCGCUUUGGCGCUCGCUAGUGUAUCGUGAAAUGUUCACAAACAUCGACUUCCGUGGCGUUGCGCGGGGGCCGUGCACCUACAGUAAUUGCGAGUGCGACAGCUACGAGCGCUCGGAUUCCUGUGACGCGAACACUUCGCAAAAUGCGACGCUGCAGUGCGGAUGGUGUUGCUAUUGCGGACAUCCGCCUGUCUCUCACAGCCGUAUUGACAACGUGGGCCACAGUCACUUCCAGCCUGCUUGCUUGGCUUUGGAAGCUGCUCCGUCACCGCCGCCUCUGCCCUUAUUGAUGGAUGGGACAGAGAUUUCCGUGGAACCGCCGCUGCUGGAAGAAGACAUGCAAGUCGUGGAAAAUGUUAACAUAAAAACAGAGCCGGAACCAGCAUCCGAGGAGGGCCUGCAAGUGGGCCAAGCCUUCAGCUGGCAUAGACAGCCCAUAUUUGCAGCAGUGCGCUUCUUGAACGACAAGUCGGUUGCGGUGGUGCCACUGGAAUGGAUUAAGGGUAGCCAGUGCAUGUGGCCACACUUUCUGUCAUCUUCAGACAUCGCCGAGGCUGCCCAGCGUGCCGACAGUCCUGACUCAUCUUUUAUUCGCCGCAACGUCCAGGUCCUCAAACUUACAUAUUCAUACGACAGGGCACAUACCUGGUUGCAAAGGGAAACCGAAGGCAGCCUUGAGGCAUUGACUGACGAAGUUGUUUGUCAUAUCAAGUUCCCGAGGGUGUCUUCUCCAGCUGCCAGGGACGACGAAAGCAGGUUUAAAGACUGGCCACAUGAACAGUCAAGCCCAGGGAAUGGUGUUGGCAGUGCCUCGUUGUUAGAAGCAAAAAAGAAUGCCUGCAGCCCGCAACACAGGGUUUGGAUUCACCGCCUGAGUAGCAGCGACGAAUGCACCCAACUGACGAGUUUCGUGGUUGACGGAAACGACACCACUGACGGUCCUUGCGCACUGGAUCUUCACAACCGUCGCAAUCUUUUGCCGGUGUGCUCGUCGAGGAUUGCUGUGUGCAGUGAGGGCAAAAGUCACGCAACGCCGGAAGAUGACGUCACCGACACCAGCGCCACUUUGAGCGACAACGCGAGUCCAAUGUCAGUAGAGAACGGCUACCAGUGUUCUCAGAAGUCAGCGAGGCACUUCAGCGCCACAACACAGGCAGAGCUUGAGGAAGGGGGCGAAAUGGUGAACGGUUCCAGUAUUGAAGGAAAAGGUACAUUGAGUGUAAUACUGAAAGAGCUCCGAGCAAUCCGGCAGCAGAACCAGCAAAUUCUGGCCGCCCUCGGCAAAAGCAACCAGAGGGACAGCAUGGAACUGGCCAAGGUGAAGCUGCCCGUCACUGACUUGUACAGCCUGUAUGAGCUCGAAUCAAAGCUGGCCCUCGAUCCAGUGUUUCGAACUUGCCUGGUUCACCGACUCUCCCUCAUCGGAGGCCCCGAUUUGCGAAUUUUCACUGCCGGUGUCCUUAGCUGCUUGCUCACCAAAGCCAUGGGAGAGAACUUCAGCGUGCUCGGGCAAUGCCACAAGAAAAGGCUCAAGGACAUGGUCCUUUACGACGUUGUUGAACAGGCCAUUAGGAGCAACGAUUUAUACAAGAACGCGACAUCCUGUUCAAUUCAAAAGGCUGCUGCUGCCUGGCUCAAGAAAUGUCCUUCAAGGAUAAUGGCAGACAAAAGAUUAUUUCAAGGGAUCCAGUGACUGCAAAUCUCAAAGCAUACAUGCAAAGUGCAAAUAUGUGCAAAAUGUGAAACUUGAGGAGGAUGCUAAUGACUCAAGCUCCUGUGAUUAGGCUCGUUCGAAAUGCUGGAACGAGAUUGUUUAAUCUUUUGCCUAUGGUCACAACUUUUUUAUCAUUUUUCAGAGCCUGACAGUGCUCUUCUGUCUAGGUUUUAAUUUGCGUCGAAUUUGUCUCUACAUUUAUAAUUUAUUUUUCAUAAGGGCCCCUGAAGAUGUAUAGAGGGAAGCAUAAAGCAAUGCAUUUGUACAAAAGAUUUAGACAUAUUCACUAAUUGUUUUUCAAAUAAAGAGUUUCUGAUGGUA